AGAAAAUAAAUUGCAAGGUUUUUUAAAACAUGGCUGCGCCCUUGAUACUCAGACGGGAGUUAUUCUCUUUAGUUAAAAUAUUAGGUGGAAUUUCACAGCUGGGACCGAGAGGUUUGGGAGCUUGUUCCAAUCACAGGAAAUGUAGUCAAACUCGGUUCGAAUUGCUACAAAGACCCAACUCUUUCUUCCACACAGCUGCAUAUUUAUCUUCAACUCCUUUUCCAAUCACUGUCACAGACGAGCCCGACACCCUCUUCCAGAAGGUGGUUGUUCUGAUCAAGGCUCAUGACAGAGCCGUGCUGGACAGCUAUGAGUUCUUUGCCACGAUGGCAGCUAAAGAGCUGGGCAUAACUAUGGGCAAAGUUUUUGAGCCUCCGAAGGAUAUAGAGAAGCUGACGCUACUGAAGUCAGUGCACAUCUACAAGAAGCACAGGGUUCAGUAUGAGAUGAGGACACACUACCGUUCUAUUGAGCUACUGCAUGUUACAGGCUGCACAGCACAAGUGUACCUUGAAUACAUCCAGAGGAAUCUCCCUGAGGGUUUAGCCAUGGAGGUGUCAAAGACCGCUAUGGAGAAGAUUCCAGAUCAUAUCCUUGAACCCAUGUGGAAAGAUCUCCCCAUUGAUGACAAAUCCAGUAAAUAGGUCGUCUAAUGAAUUUUCUUUACUGGAAAAAGUGUAACCGGUUGUACACAGGUAAUGCUGUAAUAUUUCUAAACAUAGCAGAUUACUGAACGGUAGCUUCAUAUUUUGUAUCCAUUUAUUAAUGUGUUAAACACAUUAUUGUUCAGUUCAUUUCUGUGUGUAAACAUUCAUUUCUAAGUAAAAUUUUGAAUCAAAUCUUA